AUGCAUUUCUCAUUACAACUAAAGCUAUCAUUCAUUACACGAAUCCGUUUGGAGACCAAUCCAUCACCGGAUGACUCGGCCCACGGAUCAGAUCACAAGAUACUGUUGGACAUCGACGACCGGUUUUAUGUGACGCAAUUAAUACACGAUUUAAAAGGCGACAAAUUAUCGCAAACUUAUGGCACGAAUACACUGAACAACAGCUCAGACUCGAGUGGAUACGGGUGUCCAUCACACGAUGGUAGCCAACCAGUGGUCGUAGAGUUCUCGUCGCCAAACAUAGCCAAACCCUUCCACGUGGGAAACUACAGGUCCACUAUUAUCGGCAACUUUGUGGCCAACUUUCACCGAUUCUGCGGCCAUCGCGUGGUUGGACUCAACUAUUUGGGAGACUUCGGCACUCAGUUCGGGAUCCUAUCGCUCGCUUACGACCGCUUCGGCGAUGACCACCAAUUGGCUGCCAAUCCCUUAAGACAUUUGUUUGACGUCUACGUCAGAGGUAAUCAAGAGUGUGAGGCCAGUGAGGAAUGGCGUCAAUCGGCUAAAGACCGAUUUCGCGCUUUAGAGACCAAACAGAAUACCGAUGUUUUGAAUCAAUGGCUCCGCUUUCGGGAGCUGAGCGUCGAUCGGCUCAAGAGUUUGUACCGGAGGUUAGGCGUCGAGUUCGACGAGUUUCACAGCGAAUCCAUGUAUUCAGAAGCCGGUCAUGAAGUUGUGGAUGAGUUGAGACAAUUGGGUCUCAUAGAGAGCGCCGGUGAUGAUAGCGGAGCUCAGUAUGCAGUGGUCGGCGGCCACAGUAGUACUAACGGUGCGAAUACAGUGGGCCUUAAAAUACCGGUUAUUAAGAGCGACGGAUCGACACUAUAUCUGACGCGAUAUCGCGGCAGCCUUAAAAUACCGGUUAUUAAGAGCGACGGAUCGACACUAUAUCUGACGCGAGAUAUCGCGGCAGCUAUUCAUAGGAAACAAUUGUUUUCAUUCAAUAAAAUGUUUUAUAUCGUAGACAGCAGUCAAGCCAAACAUUUUAAUAAUUUAUUUCAAAUUCUACCCAAACUUGAUCACGAGUUCGAGGGCAAAUUAAUCCAUCUGAGAUUCGGUCGCAUAUUAGGGAUGAGUACCCGAAAGGGAGACAUUGUUUUCCUCGAGGAUGUGCUCAAUGAGGCCAAAGAGAGAGCCAUCGAAUCGUGUAAGACAAGUCCCAACACUAAAAUAAGUGAAGACAACUUCGAUAGUGUGGCCGACAUUCUGGGCAUUUCUGGUCUAUUAGUACACGACAUGUCGUAUCGCAGAGUACAGGACUAUCGGUUCAAUUGGGAUAAAGCGCUCCGACAUACCGGACUAUCGGUUCAAUUGGGAUUUUCGCGAGGCUGUAUGGCCACUGUGACCGUAGCGCAAUGUCAUGUGCGUGCGGUCCGAUACGUCCAGAGUCUGGAGACCAACUGUGGCGUUGACAUCGACUUAGACUUCGAGCCAAAUGUGGACGCAUUGUCUGACUUUGAGGCCAAACUCCUGAUGAAUCGAUUGUCACAAUUCGAUGAGAUUCUCAUCGCUUCGUACGAAUCACUCGAUCCCAGUCUUCUCGUCCACUAUUUGAAUGCGUUAAACCGAGCGAAUCAGGCGCUCAGAGUCAAGGGCCAGGAGUCGGAUGUGGCGAAGACUAGACUACUGUUGUUCAGGUGUGGCCGCAAUGUACUCAACCAAGGCAUGAGGUUAUUAGGUUUGAAACCAUUGAUGUCAAUGUGA